CGUUGCUACAGUAGUUCGUUAUUAAAGUGUUUACAUAUUUUUGGUCCAAAAUGAUCAGUGCGUUUCGUCAAGUUGUGCUUUUAUGUACCCUAUUCGUUUUCGUUAAUUCUGCUAAACUUCCAUCCUAUCUAAAACCAUGUAGUAAAUCAGACCCUAACUUAAACAAGUGUGCCAUUAAACAUGCAAAGGAAGGCUUACCAGUCCUUGCAAAGGGUGACAGGGCUUAUCAUAUCCCAAGUUUAAUACCCCUACACAUUCCCGAAGUUAGAAUUCAAUCAGGGGAAAAUUUAAAAAUUAUUAUCAAGAACGCAGUCAUAACAGGACUUGAUAAGGCCGAUAUACAAGAUAUGAGUAUAGAUCUACCAAAUCGCAAAUUCUGGCUUAAGGCAAACAUCGAUUACGUCAAUUUAGUUUCCGAUUACGAAAUCGAUGGCAGAAUAUUAAUUUUGCCCAUCAAAGGAAAUGGGCCUGCCAACAUUACUUAUGUUGGAGGAGUUUACACUUAUUCGUUUGAUUUUGAUCUCGUUGACAAAAAUGGUAAGCAACAUAUCAAAACUAAAAACAAUAAAUUGGAGUACACAGUGCAAAGGGCAUAUUACCAGUUAGAUAAUCUUUUCGGUGGAGAUAAAGCUUUAGGCGAUCAAAUGAAUUCGUUUUUGAACGAGAAUUGGCAGGACGUCGAUAAGGAUCUUGGACCUUCUUUAACCGAAGCAAUUUCUCAAAUUAUCCAAUCAAUUGUGACAGCAGUUUUUACAAAAGUUCCUUUCGAUUAUAUAUUCGAGCCCUGAAUAAAUUAUUUAAUUUAC